AUGUCCAACGAGAUCAUCCCCAACGGCGCCGCGCCGCCCAUCAACGAGCCCACCAAAACAAAGGGCAUGCCCAACAGGAUGUCCCUCAAGUUGUCCCACUUGCCCAGCAAGAAGGACAUCAAGCCUGUCUAUCCCAGGACGCCCUCAUCGAUUGACCCCAACAACCCGCCAUGGCCCGCGUUCCGUGGCUAUCACACUUACUCGUUUGCCUACGCCACGAUGGGCCACCGUCUGCCCACCAUCUUGGGCAAAGCGAUCGAUGAUGUCAUCGAGACGCUCAACCAGGAGUCCGCGGAGGACCGCAUCGUCGACCUCUUAAAGUGCAUUGAGCGUAUGGACGAGCUCAAGGACGAGCUCAAUGCCCACGCAAAGCUCCGCCCCAUCGUCGACGACGGCGAGGCCGACGUCGCCCUCUGGAACAAGGAGAUUGCAAAAUAUUUCCAGGGCAAGGAUUUCAUGAAUGCGCCCUGGCUCUUCGCCGAAGCAUACAAGUACCGACGUCUUCGUGAAUGCUUCAGCGUGAGCAAAUACUGGACUUCCUAUGAUGUCUUCUUCAGACAGAAGUGCGAUACGUUCGCGCGGUCCAACGAAGCUGUUUUCGAGCUUUCCAUGCGCUUUGCAGAGCCAUUUAAGCACAAGGAGGGCAUGUCCCCCGCGGAGCAGCUUGAGGCGGUACGGCUGAUGUUUAUGGAGCUUACGCAGAUCUGUCUAUGGGGCAACUCGACUGAUCUCUCGCUUCUCAUCAACAUGACCGAGGAGCAGAUCAAGUCACUCCAGUCGACUGGAGGCGAGAAUUUGGCCGCCACUGAGAAGAACAUUUUGGGCAACGACAUGGCUCGCCUGUGGGAAGUCGUGCGCGAUCUCAAGGGUAAGACUGGUGGCAGGGUUGACUUCAUCCUGGACAACGCUGGUUUCGAGUUGUACUGUGACUGUGUCUAUGCGGACUUCCUGAUCCAGAGUGGACUCGUGAACCAAGUUCGCUUCCACGGCAAGCGUUACCCGUGGUUUGUCUCCGACGUCACGAAGAAGGACUGGGAGUGGCUCCUGAACUCGAUGGUUUACGGCCACCUCUUCCCCAAGGCCACUGACCAGGAAAAAGCGAGUUUACACAGGCUGGGACUGCGCUGGAAGCAAUACGAGAAGGAAGGAAAGUGGGUGUAUGAACAGCACCCCUUCUGGUGCACCGGGUACACCUACUGGGAUCUCCACAGCGAGGCGCCUGAUUUGUUCCUUCAUCUCUCUCGCUCCGACUUGGUCAUCUUCAAGGGUGACCUCAAUCACCGCAAGUUGACGUAUGACUGCGCGGCCCCGCCGUCCACUGAUUUCGAGGUCGCCAUCGGCCCUAUGGCUUCAGCGAGCGGCGCGCCCAAGGUUUGCAGCAUGCGGACGAUCAAGAGCGAUGUCGUUGUUGGGCUGGGCAAAGACGGCGAUGCGCUGGCUGAGCGCCUCGAUAAGGCUGAGCCUGGCUGGAAGAUCAGCGGCAAAUACGCUAUUGUUCUCGUCUCCGAAGGUCGGCCUGGCGAAAAGGUCCGCUUCGCAUGA